AUGCUGAGUUUUCGACCCUAUGGUGAAGAUGAUACUAGAAUAGUUAGUGACUUAUCACGUUUUGAUUUUGAACAAGUUACUAGGAAUAGGUCAAGGAAUACUACCCCAACAUCCUUAGAAGAAGAUAAAGAGAGUGAUAUUACUUUAGACUCAAUAAUGAAUUAUUAUGAUAGACCAGGAUCUACUAAACGAGCAUAUUAUCCACCCCAAUCACAAGUAGCACCUCAAAGGACACUUUUGGAGAUAGCUGAAGAAUAUCCUGACAUAAAUAAUCCCCGGACAAGACCAUCUCUACCUCCAAAGGAUGACAGACUAAUGCAAAGAUCCAAAUCAACCAAAUCUUUUGUACCUUAUCCUCCUUCAGUUUUUAUGAGUGUUCCAUAUGAAAGAGCAAAUUAUGCAAAUGAUUUACCACCAGAAGUCGAACCUAAAGAUUUCAUGAACUUAUCCAGAAGAGCAACCACAGAUAGAGAUGAGUUAAUACAGUCUACUGAAGUAGAUGAUAUUCGAAGUAUAGAUACCAAGAGAAAACAACUAGGAGAGGAUUUAGUUCAUAGAGUAAUGAAUCAUCCUUUAUAUACCUUCCCUGGGAGCGAGCUCGGAAUACCGAAAUAUCAACAUGAAGAUGUUUCUAUAACGGCAAAUGCAUUAUUAUACCUCCUUGAAAUGAUCUUUGAGAUUGUGGUUAUAGUUUUAGCUUCAGUAUUAUCAAAUUUAGAUCAUCGUGUAUCCGCAGGGAUUUAUAGAUACUUUAUAGCUGAUGGAAUAUUAUCAAUAAUUGUUUGUUUUAUGUUCAUGGCUAAUAUCAUUAAUUUUGAAAAGAGAAAUGGAAGUUUUUAUUGCCUGGUUGCAUUCCUAUUAAAAUUAGUUUCAUUCAUAAUGAUUAUAUCCUAUAUCAUACCAAAGAAAAACUGUGAAUUCCAAUAUAUUUGCAACUUGAGACAAGCAUGUUCUGCCUUCAUAAUAACUUCUACAUUCUCAUGGUUAAUAAACUUGAUAGUAUUUUUUACUACUUUAUACAUUUCUCGUCUAAAUUUACUUGAUGAUAUUAAUUUUGAUUUCAGUAAUAAAGGUAUAAGUAGAGAAUACAAUAAAAGAAAUUCCCAAGAAACAUUAAUCCAAGAAAAUAAGAAAGAAGAAGAACAAGAAAAAGAACAACUAAAGGAAUAUUAUCUUAAUGAAAAGGGUGAAAUGUAUGAACUCCAAUCAGAAGAAGAAAGAGAACAGCAUAAAAGUAAAAACAAGAUUUUGGUAUAUACGUUCUAG